AUGCUGGGAUGGGGAGAGAUGGGGAGAGGUGGUGGUGAAGAGGAGGAGGAGGAGGAGGAGGAGGAGGAGGAGGAGGAGGAGGAGGAGGAGGAGGAGGAGGAGGAGGAGGAUCGGAACGGAACGGAGAAUAGAGAGGAAGAGGGGCGUGUGACAAAACUUGCUGUCCAUUUCAUCCGGGAAAAGGACAAAGCCACACUCACCAAGGCACUUCAUGGGGACCAUGGGCAGAGUGGGGGAGUUUACAAUCCCCUCACUGACCGCACCAGCACUGUCAGGGCCGCACAGCCCACCAGAGCACAGCUCCCCCUGGCCGUCGGCAGUCCCGCAGAUGGCACAGGCGGAGGCGGGGCGCUGCAGCAGACCGGAGGAGCGGCAGUAGGAGGAGGAGAGGAAGCAGUUGUGGUCGGCCGAACAACUCUUGACGGAGAGCUGGGGGAAGGAGCCCGAGAGGUAGUUAAAGCCCACGUCCAGAGCGACCAGGGAGGUGGAGGGGAUGGGCAUGGUGCCCGUGAGGUAGUUGGAGAAGAGGCCUCUGGCGGGGGUGAAAGAACACAGGCAAGAGGUGGGAAGGGAAGGGCGAACAAACAAGAUGUGGGUGAGAAAGGGGCGAGAGUGAGCGAUGUGCAAGGGGUCACCAACGAGGCUUGUGCAAGCAACCAUGGAUGGAUCUUCGAAGCUGUGUGUGCUGCUUACAAUGUGGUGAGAUUCGGCAAAGAGGCGAUGAAGGAAGGAAUGGAUCCCGCAAACCAGUUGUAG